AUGGUGCUCACAUUGUGGUCUUUACGUCCACGCUACACCCAACCACCUGACCUACGUAAAGAAUAUGGUUCUAUUUCAAGCUUUUGCACAUUCAAGAUAAAUCAUGGAGGUUCAUUCACAAAUACGGUAUCUGGAAGGUCAUACAUAGAUGGGCUUGUUGAUCACUUUGAUUUUGUGGACAUGGAUGUGCUUUCAGUCCACGAGUUAGAUGAUAUGAUGGCAGUUUUAGGGUACAAUGAUGGUGGUAUAAUGUUUUACCAUUUCAUGAUCCCAGAGAUAGACUUGGAUAGUGGAUUGUUACCCCUUGGCACCGAUCAGGAAGUCAUUCAGCUGGCAAGGUAUGUGCUUAAUCAUAAGAAAAUUAAUUUGUACAUCGAGCAUGGAAAUACUAGAGUAGUCCCUUACUUUAAGUCCCCAUUGAAGGUUCAUAUUGAGGAAGUUGAAGGGAAUGAUUCUCCUGAAAUGAAUAGGGUUAGAAUGAAAAGGAAAUCAAUUGGGUCAUGUAGUAAAAAGUUGGAUUUGAAUGAGUCCACUGAUUUGUCAAAGUUAAUUGUACCCUAUGAACCUGUAAUCAACAAAAAACACUCAGUUGAUCGAGAGAAUGAUCCCUUUAAGGGAAUAUGGUGGGGGAAAAAUCUACAUGAUGUUGAGUUUUUUGAGGAUGAAUACAGUGGAAGUAAGGAAAGUGUUAGUGAGGGUCCUUGGAGUGAGGGUAGUAGGAGUGAGGGUAAUAUGCCCGAUGAUGAGAGUGAGGACAAAGACUUCUUUGUGGAUUUAGAAAAUAUUGUAGAUGAUGUGGAUGUUGAUAUGAAAGAAUUUCAUAUACAUGUUGAUGAAGAUGUUGAGUGGGUUCAAAAAACCACCAAAGAAGCAAGUGGUAGUGGUGUUGACUUUACUGAAGGUGAAGAUUUGGAGGUCAUAGACCCAGAAUCGUUUGAGUCACCUAUUGUAGAUGAAGAUAACAACAGAGAGAGGAUGUUGAGAGACAUAAGAAAGGAAAAAAGUUGUUCUGAGGGUGUAGUUCAUCAAAAGGCUUUCACAUUAGGACAGAAGUUCAAAACAAAGAAAGAUGUGAAAGAAUAUAUAAACAAACAUGCAGUAGAAAUCAAAAGGGAUUUACAUUUUGAAAAAAAUGACAAAACAAGGAUUAGGGCUAAGUGUAGAGGAGUGGUCCCAUAUAUGAGUGGUGGGCCAUGGACAAAGUCAAGGACUGGAUUCAAGGACAAAACAGUAAAUAUGAAAGAGGGUAAAUGUCCUUGGGUUGUACUGGUGUCUAGACCUAAAGAGAGAGAUGAAUGGGUAGUGAACACCCUAGUUAGUGAACAUCGGUGUGUGCAAUCAAGAACAAUUAAAGCUUGCAACUACAAAUUCAUUGCAGCAAACAUUGUGAAGCAAAUUGAGAGUAAUCCAACCAUUCCAGCCAAUGCACUUCAAGAAGAUCUCAUUCAAAAAUUCGAGAUGAACAUGUCAAGAAUGAAGGUACAUCAGGCAAAGGAAUUGGCUCAGAAGCAUGUUUUUGGGGAUUUUCAGAAACAAUAUGCUAUUUUGAGGGACUAUGGACUAGAGUUGAUGGAAAGAAACCCAGGUACUAAUGUGAAGAUCGAUUGUUACAGUGAGCCAAAUUUAAAUUCUGAUACAAGGACAUUUAGGAGAAUUUACAUUUGUUUAGGAGCAUUAAAGGAAGGAUUUAAGGCUAAUCUAAGGGAUUUCAUAGGGUUGGAUGGUACUUUCAUGAAAGGUCCCUAUCCUGGUCAAAUUUUGACUGCCGCAGGGGUAGAUUCCAAUAAUGGGAUAUAUUCUCUUGCAUAUGCUCUUGUUGAGAAUGAAACCACCAAUUCAUGGACAUGGUUUUUGGAACAACUUGGUGAUGAUCUGGAACUUUAUGCUAAUUCAAACUUCACUUUCAUCUCAGAUAGGCAAAAGGGUAUCAUUCCUGUAAUUGCCAAACUUUUCCCUCAAGCUGAGCAUAGGUUCUGUCUGAGGCAUAUUUAUGAAAAUAUAAAAAGGCAAUGGAAGGAUAAAGAGCUCAAAGAUUUGGUGUGGGCAUGUGCAACUGCUACUACUAUAAGGCAUUUUGAGAAAGCAUUAGAAGAGCUAAAGAAAUUCAAAGCUGAAGCUCAUGAUUGGCUGAUACAGAUUCCUCUAGCUCAUUGGGCAAGAUCUCAUUUCUCAGGGAGGGCACAUACUAACAUCUUGUUGAAUAACCUGUGUGAGGUUCUGAAUGGAAAAAUACAAGGUGGUAGGGACAAACCUAUCAUUUAUUGUUUGGAAGAGAUUGAUAGAUGCAAUGAUCCUCUCACACCAACUGCCACUAGUCUUCUUGAUCAAAUGAAAAGACAAGCACAAAAGCACAGGUGUAUUUUCAAUGGGGUUAAAACUCAAGUCACUACUCAUUGGGGUGAUCAGUUUAUUGUGAAUUUGGAUGAAAAAACAUUCACAUGUAGACAUUGGGAAAUUACAGGCAUGUUAUGCUCACAUGCAAUAAGUGCAAUAUGGGACAAGAUUAAACAUGGAGCAGAGAAUGUUCCUGAGUUGGAGCAUUGGGUCCACCCAUGCUACUGGCUAGUUACAUGGGCAGAAGUGUACAAAUGCAAAAUUGAACCUAUAAAUGGUAGAUUGAUGUGGCCCAAAUCACAAUGCCCAACCAAGUUGCUUCCACCCAAACAUGUUGUUCAGGUGGGUAGGCCCAAAAAGAAAAGGAAGAGGGCAUAUGAUGAACCUACUACACAGGGGCAUAAACUGUCCAAGAGGUGGACCACUGUCACAUGUAGAAAGUGCAACAACAAAGGGCAUAAUUCAAGAACUUGUAAAGGUCAAGGUGGCCCUAAUGACAAAAGAACUGAAGAAACAGGAGGAUAG